CCGCGCGGGAGUCAGACGGAAAAGCCCGAAGGGGGACGGAAGCGCCCGAGGCCGAUCGGCGGAAGGGGAGACCUUUGCCGGAAAUUGUCGAAGAUUCCCGGAGACUACCGAGUCCGAUCCAGAGCGUAGUUUUCUCCUCUCGGCCACGCCUUCACUCACGCACGCCACGCCCAAUCGGCCUGCCUAGGCUGGGCCACGCCCAAUCGGCGACCCGCCGGCUGGGCGUGGCUUGCCGAAGCGGGCGGGGAGCGUUACGUGGCCGGAGUACUGUCUCGUCUCGCCGCUCAACCUCUGCGGAUCAAUUGAUGCGCGGUAGAUUAAACAGAGGAUAAAAUAAGAGAGUUUGGGGCUGACUUUAAUUAAGAAGUAUUUGUCUGUUGAGUUUAGUUCAUUCAUCAUUCCAGAAGUACCUAUCAUGGCUCAAAGGGAAAUAGGAAAUUUCGAAGGAUUGCCACCAUUGGAAGAUUUAGGACCGGGGCUGUCCACACUGAAGAAGUUACGGUCUCUUCAAAGGAAAAACAAUGUAACAGAGUGCUGCGUUAUGUGGUGCCCAUUAUAAGUGACGUCAAAACAAGGCCACAUUGUUUGAAGUUGUGCUUUGGUGGGAUCUUUUAAAGCAUUUUUAUUUCCUUCUGUGUUCCUGAUUGACCUACUUAGACUUGCCAUCCAGCAACCACUCGGGCAUCCUGCUGUCAUCCAUUAUCCACAUAUGUUUAGCUGUUUAAUUUGCAGGGCCUAUGUUUCAAACCUAAGAGGGUAGAGGGAAGUUCGCAUGAGGCAGAGAGCAAGAAAGUGGCCAUCUACAAGCCAGGAAGAAAGCUCUCACCAGAAACCAAAGUUGCUAGCACCUUGAUCGUGGAUUUCUAGCCUCCAGAACUCUUCUUACUCAUCGCUAUAUUCUUCUGGCUAUACAUCUAAUCUUUUGCUUCUAACUUGGCCGUACUCUCACGGCACUGUCUCAGCAAUGGAGACCCACAGUUGCUUCCCUCUCCCGCCACCAUGAGUCAUGCCACAGCGAAGAACCGCCUUCUUCAUGUCUCUUCUGGACUCGACUUCCAUCUCCACCGAAGAUCCCAACAAGACAACAUGCCUCCCAAGAAGCCUGAGCCUAAGAAGGAAGCAGCCAAGCCUGCCCCAGCCCCUGCCCCGGCCCCAGCCCCAGCUCCUGAGCCCCCCAAGGAACCUGCCUUUGACCCCAAGAGUGUAAAGAUAGACUUCACUGCCGACCAGAUCGAAGAGUUCAAAGAGGCUUUCUCAUUGUUUGACCGAACGCCGACUGGAGAGAUGAAGAUCACUUACGGGCAGUGUGGAGACGUGCUGCGGGCACUGGGCCAGAACCCCACCAACGCGGAGGUGCUGCGCGUCCUGGGCAAACCCAAGCCUGAAGAGAUGAAUGCCAAGAUGCUGGACUUCGAGACGUUCCUGCCCAUCCUGCAGCACAUCUCCCGCAACAAGGAGCAGGGCACCUAUGAGGACUUCGUGGAGGGGCUACGUGUUUUCGACAAGGAGAGCAACGGCACAGUCAUGGGUGCUGAGCUUCGCCAUGUCCUUGCCACCCUGGGUGAGAAGAUGACCGAGGCUGAGGUGGAGCAGCUGUUGGCCGGGCAAGAGGAUGCCAACGGCUGCAUUAAUUAUGAAGCCUUUGUCAAACACAUCAUGUCUGGGUGAAGCAAACCUCUCCAGGGUGCCUGGCCCUGGGCCUUUGCCUUUCUGGGGCAAGUUAAGCCAGAGGCCCAGAGUGACUAAGCUGGAGCUGGGGUCCUGAACUUACCACUGUACCACAGCCCCGAGGACUCCCUGGGCCAGUAGCCCUCCCUGUAAAUAAACAGUCCUGGCAAGCCUGGGCCAAAU